CACACACACACGUGUGUGUGUGUGUGUGUGUGUGUGUGUGUGUGUGUGUGUAUGUGUAUGUGUGUGUGUGUGUGUGUGUAUGUGUGUUGCCUACUGCAGCUUCAAAGACAACAUCAGCAGGAGCAGGUUGAAGGGAAAAAGACACUGAAGGGGAAAAAAUGAGAAAAACAGUGAGUGAUGGGAAAAAGAGCAAGAAGGGAGGGCGAGGAGGGUGAGGAAGAGAGAGAGAGAGAGGAAGGGGUGGGCUGGUAGAGAGAGAGAGAGAGUAGAGAAGGAGGGAAUCCAACAGUGCUGGUGAGAGUGAAGUUUCAGCUCUGCGCUUCACACACAACCAGGACCGACUCCUCCGUCCUCAUACAUACAGGUAUGAUGCUGCUCCCAGCCAGUGUUCUGAUUGGCCUGCUGUGCCUGAGCCAUGCAGGAGGUGUUGAGGGUUUCGCUCGUCUCCAGGACAACGUGGAGUUACGCUCAGCCUUUUCAGUCGCUCGGACCAGCAGCAUGGAGGGCGGACCAAAGAUGACGGUGACCUUUGACACCGUUUACGUCAACAUCGGCGGGGAUUUUGAUGCCAAGGCCGGUUUGUUUCGCUGCCGUAUCCCUGGAGCUUAUUAUUUCUCCUUCACAGUGGGCAAGUUCCCACAUAAAGACCUGUCAGUGAUGCUGAUGAAGAACAGAAACGAGGUGCAGGCCAUCGUGUACGAGGAGAACGCCGGAGAGGAGAGGAAGGUGCAGAGCCAGAGCGUGAUGCUGCAGCUGGAGUUCGGCGACACCGUCUGGCUGCGUCUCCAUGGCGACCCCCGCUAUGCUCUGUACAGCAACACGGGCCACUACACCACCUUCAACGGUUACCUGGUCUACCCCGACACCUACGACUACCAGACGCACCACCACCAGCAGCAGCACCACCCCGCCUACAACUCCCAGCAGCCCCUGCAGGACAGCAUCCCCCAGGCCAUGGAGCACGCCAGGUCAGGGGCCAAGGAGGAGGAGAAGGAGCAGCAGCAGCACCGGGAGGAAGAGGACGAGGAGGAGGAGGAUGACGAGGACGACCAGAGAUCUGCCUUCUCGGUGGGACGCACCCAGAGCAUCGUGGGAGUCAACCAGGUGGGGAUGCCUCAGCACCAGCCGGUCAGCUUUGACACGGCCUUCGUCAACAUCGGGGAGGACUUCAACGUGACGGAGGGGGUGUUCACCUGCCGAGUUCCCGGGGCCUAUUACUUCUCCUUCAACGUGGGCAAGCUGCCGCAGAAGACGCUGUCGGUGAAGCUGAUGAAGAACCGUCUGGAGGUGCAGGCGAUGAUCUACGACGACAGCCAGGGAGAGAAAGCCCUGCAGAGCCAGAGCUUGAUGCUGUCGCUGAAGCCCGGCGACACGGUGUGGCUCUACUCCCACCAGAGAGACGGCUUCGGGGCCUACAGCAACCACGCCAAGUACAUCACCUUCACCGGCUUCCUGGUUUACCCGGACUUCCCCACCAGCACCACCACCGCCACUGCCACCAGCCAAUCAUAUGCAGACAAGAAGCCCUAGCUGCAGCACCCUGGUUAGAGACUGAACAUUGUCGGAGGAAUUCAUGCAAGAUGGAAAAAUCUCAGAGUCCACACACGCUGCUUUGUGGCGUCUUUCCUCCUCAUAUGAAUUCCUCCGCAAAGUCACAGGGACCUUGGACUGAGUGUUAAAAGAAAAUCUCUUCAGAUUUCAGCUAAUGGCUUCCCAAGAUACGACUUCAUCGCACUCAAAUGUGAAUGUUUCACUCGAUAAUGAAAACUCGGUCAUUACCCGCUCACCCCGGUGUCACUGCCGACAAAAGAGACAGAAAUUGUACCUCUGUGUCUUUUUUACAGCUUAAAAAUAUAAAAAAUUCAGUCUGCGUCCACUGUUGGUGCAGCACAAUAAAUGUAUUUUAUGAUCAGAUGGCUGCACUGUGGGCCCACUCACAAACAUGUGACUAAAGAAAAACAAAAUCAGUGGUUGUGUAAGAACUAUUCAGAUCCUUCACUUAAAUCAAAGUAACACAAGAGUCUAAAAAUACUCCACUUGUAGUACAAUUACAAAAGUUUCACUACAAAAUAUAUAUAUAUAUGUUAAAGGUACAAUACUCUUUAAAAAAAUAAUACAUCGCAUUCUUGGAUGUUAUGGUAAAAGUUUUAGGCUUUUAUGAGCUGUAGAUGCGACAAUGAAGGAGCAUUCACUGGAGAUUUAUACCGUGCAUUUAAAAAGUAUUCAGCCCCAUAGGAAGUUUUCUCAUUUUAUUGCUUUUUAUGAAUGAUAGUCAAUUUAAUUUGCCUUCUUUUUUUUUUUUUUUACAAGAAUUUACCAAAAAAAAGACUCUUUCAUGUCAAAGUGAAAACAGACUUCUAUGAAGUAAUUAUUUCAAAAUAUAAAAUGUAAAAUAAGUGAUUGAGAGGUGUCAUGAGUAUCUUGGUGGCCUCCCUCACUAGUGUCUUUAUUGCACUCUAGUUAAGAUUUAAUAUGAGCUUUUUUGUUCUACAGUGGCUUUCUCUUUGUCACUCUUUUUUGACGCAGUUGUAUGAACAGUCUCUCCCAUUUCAGCUGCUGAAGUUUAUAACUCCUUCAAAGGAGUCAUAUGUGUCUUGGUGGCCUCCCUCAUUAGUCUCUUUAUUGCAUGAUCACUUUUAAAGACUGGCUGCCAACCAAUAAAAAACAUAAAAUAUCAUAAAACAUAAGAGUGAUUAGGAGGAGUCAUAGGUGUCUUGGUGGCCUCUCUUAUUCAACUCUUUUCUGUACUAUCACUGAGUCCUUGAGGAUGACCUGCUCUAGGCAUAUAUAAACCUGAUGGAUUUAACUCGAAUCUAAAUGAUAUUCAACGACUUGGAGGUUUCCAUGUAUCCAUCCCAUGAAUUAUGCUUUCUAAUGACCUUUUCAAGGAGUUUCUGGAAGUGUUCUUUAGUCUUCAUGAUGCUGUUUUAUCCAGGAGUAAUGUCCACCAGUGACUGGACCUUCCAGAUAAAAGUGUCUUUAUACUACAAUCAUGGAGACACAUUCACUGCAUUCAAAUGAUCUCCAUGUCACUAAUUGUGGGACAUCCAGCAUCAAGUGGUUGAAUACUUGUGCAAUUACUUAUGCUAUGUUUUAUGUUUUUCAUUGUUCAACAUUGCUUUGUCGAAAUCUGCUGAUGUGCAAUGAAUCCGUUUAUAAAUGUAAGGAACUUGGCACCGCUUAGAGCAGACUAAGCACCAAGACACCUAUGAGUCCUCCAAAUUACUUAUUUCACUAUUUAGAUUUUAAAUUUAUUGACAUUAUUUGUAUCUGCUAGAUUGCGGUGAAAUCCAUCCAUCCAUUUUCUAUACACCGCUUUAUCCUCACUAGGGUCGUGGGGGGUGCUGGAGUCUAUCACAGCUGACUCGGGCGAAGGCAGGGGACACCCUGGACAGGUCGCCAGUCUGUCGCAGGGCUACAUAUACAGACAAACAAUCACACUCACAUUCACACCUACCGGCAAUUUAGAGUAAUCAAUUAACCUCAGCAUAUUUUUGGACUGUGGGAGGAAGCCGGAGUGCCCGGAGAAAACCCACGCAUGCACAGGGAGAACAUGCAAACUCCAUGCAGAAAGAUCCCAGGAAAGCUGGGACAUGAACCGGGGAUCUUCUUGCUGCAAGGCGAAAGUGCUAACCACUACGCUACUGUGCAGCCCACAGUUAAAUCCAUAAUCAAGAAAUGGAAGUAUUAUGGCACAGGUGUAAAUCUGAGGGAGGCCACGAAGACACCAAUGAGUUCCCCAAAGGACUUCCUUUACGUUUUUUGUUUUUAAUUAAUUGACAUUACUUUAUAGAAAUCUGUUUUCACUUUGACAUGCUUGAGACUUUAAGCCUAAUUAAACUGAGCAUAUUGUUGAAAAGCAGUAAAAGAAGAAAAUUUUGGAGACUUUUUCUGAGCACUGAGCGACAUAUGAGUGAGAGAGUUAACGACAGAGUUUUCGGUUUUAAGUGAAAUAUUGCUUUAAGUGCAUUUGUUAUCUUUGUCGAAGACUUGAUGUUCCAGCUUGUAAGUAAAAAGUCACUUUAAUUUCCUUGUAUGUCUUUAGAGGCAUGUGAAACGAUAUGAACUGUGUGUUUUGUGUCAAAAUGAGUCCUCCUUCUCUUCAUUUGGGAGUUUUGGUGUUUCUCGCCCCGACAUCAGCAGGAGAUCAAAGGACGACGGGACAAACUCGACAGCUUUGGGAAUGUGCAGACUCCAUAUCCAUCCGACUGUUGACCACAUGCCACCUCUGGGCCUGCGGGGACCCGGACCCUAAUUUGAUUUCUAAUUCUAGCAGUGUUUAAUUCAUGUCUUCAGAUGGUGACCACUGUGGGGAAAAUUGAAUCGCUGCUCCCGGGUCGCUGUAAUAUGCAUGUCUGUUUAAUUUCACACCGCCGGGGAAAAAAAAGAUGAUGCUGUUCAAAUUAUAAUGAACCUUGACUUUAUGAAACCACCGUCUCUGUUGGAGAGGUGCCACGUGAAGUGAUACUUCACUUUUAGUGAACGUUUAAACAAAAGUACAUUCAUGAGAAGCAAAAACUGUGGUCUUGACACCUUAGAGUGUUAAAAAAAAAAGGCAUAUUGAAGUGCCAAACUGAUUUUCUUUAAAUCAACAAUAAGAGGAGCCUUCUUAUCAGUUUUGGAAUUGAUUUGAUAAUGAUAGCUAUAAUUUUGAAGGGUUGUUGCAGCUGAUCUCUGCUUGUGUGUGGUGCUCAAAGAGUGAAAAUAAUUGAAAAGUCAACACUCUGUGAGGAGUUUUGCUUUGGUUUCACUUCCAGCCUGCUUUACUCUGACCAGUGUUGCUUCCAAAUCACACCAGGCAGCUCUUUUUAAACAAAUAUACAAACUGCACAUGAUUUUAUACACUACAUGCAAAAUCAGUUAGCUUGUUAACAGCCAGAUAUUUCUCUAAGGAGGGGGUGGAGACCAAAAACAGAGCAAAAAAUAAAUAAAAUAGAGCAUUCCUAGCUAACGGUUAAUGUUCCCACAACAUUGGCUAAUUUCACCUACAAGUUCUAACAAUACUUUAAAGAAAACUGCUUAAUUUAAUGAUCAAAGAAGGUUUUAAGGGUAUGUAGCAUUUUCAAUAAUGUUCAAAUCUGGUUAAAAAUUAACAUAAAACGUUUUAAGUGCAACAUUUAGAGGAUGUUUUAAGGUGAUUGUCAAGGCCACAGACUCCAUUUCUUGAUAAUAAAGAAUGUUCCUAAAUCAAUGUUAAAAAAAAAUGUUUUGAAGAUCUUAUUGCAGCCUCAGAUGACAUCCAAAAAUAUUUAAAAAGAUGUGAAGCCAAAGGAGAUGGAACAUUUUGCCUGAAAUAUUCUGAGAAUGCUUUGGCAAAAUUGUUGAGGUAACAAAUAAAAUGAUUUUCUAUGAUAAUGAACGAAGGACGUUCUCAAUGUUACAUUAAAAAAAAAGUUCUAAAAUGAUGCAUAGAUUAUGAAGACAUUACAAGAAUUUACGCAGAGCAAAAAAAAAAAAAAAGUACAGGUGUAAAAAGCCUGAUUACAAGUAAAUAACAAUGCUGUUCUGUGUCUGCUGGGUCCACAAAUAAACAACUGCUUGCUAACGGGUUCACCAUAUUGUGGUCAGGGGAAAAGGAGGCACAAGAAAUUUUCUAAAAAAUGAGAUUUUUACUCAAGAUGCAGCCAAAUCUGCUCACAAUUCAAGCACAAAACUUUAAGCACCGCUUUCAAAUCACCCAAAGCUGUACAGUGGGAAAAGUGAAGAUCAGUGCACGAAAUUUGACAAUUCUUGGUGUAUUUAUUUAGAAAAAUCUGAACCUACAAGAGGUAAAUGGCACCAGGAUGAAGCUGAGAAUAAAGUCAUAAAAGUGUGUCCUCGCUGUGAUCUCUGUGGCUCUGGGGGGAAAUGGACUCCCACCUUCUCUGGAAACUAAUAACCGUCAGCGAGCUCUGGGCUGCUCUCAGCCGAUGCCGCACUAAUCGACAAUUUCCUGUCCUUUACGGCUGCAAGAAGUGACUAGAUUUUGGACAAAUGAAAUUAAGCUGCGAGUGGGCCUCAUUUCAGAUAAUGAUGUAUUCCGUCACAGUCGAACCCUCAGUGGUUUCUCCAUUUGAGCCUCAGUCAGUGCACAGAGGUGGACCUGUGAUUGCCUCAGUUUUAGUUUUAGGAAACCAUGAGCAGCCUGCAACAAACCCUGGAGUGUAAAGCGACUCGAGCAUCUGAGACACUCUGAAGCACUCGUGUGAUGCAUGCAUGUAACUGAAAAUACAGUGAAUUAAAACAGAGAUCGCUGAGCAGCUUCACAGGCCCAGUCGACGCCUGUUGACGGUGUAUUUUUAUCGAUAAGUGAAUUUAUCUGUACAGUGACUGACAUUAUGUUGGAUGUUUUUCGGUCUGUGCUUCUCUGUUUCUGAUAAUCCCGAUGAAAGAUUGUGUUGUAGAAAAUAUGUGGAGCAGACACGGGUCAAAAUGUGGUUAAAAUUAUUUGGUUAUUGCUCAGUUUUGCUUGGUGUCAUCUUCCAAAAUGAGCAAUUUUGAGUCCAAAUCCAACUGCGGUGUUAAAAUAAAUGAAAAAAAAAGACACUGGAAACAUUUUAACUCAUGUCUGGCUCAUGUUGACUCUUUGAAAUGUUUUUUCGUAUGUGUAAAAUGAAUGCUUCAGUGAAAAUGUUUGACAAAAUAAAAAAAAACAAGAAACCUA